CAUCUUUUCAACCUUUCAAAGUCAUCUUCAUCCACAAAAAGGACACUCCAUUAUUAUAAUAUAUUUCCGCUGUACUUUUUUUAUUAUUAUUAAUGUUGGUCGGUCCUAUUUUCUGAAACACCCUUCCAUCUCUUUAUAUCCUCCUCCAUUCCUAACAAAAAUAGUUUAUUUACCCCACAAAGAGAAGGAGACGUAAUAUGAAUCUGUUCCGACUGAUUGCAGAUCUGAUGCAUCUGGCAUCGAUCUUCAUUUUGCUGCUCAAGAUGCAAAAGACACGUUCCGUUGCAGGAAUCUCUUUCAAGACACAAGCCCUAUAUGCAACUGUGUUUUUAACAAGAUAUACUGAUCUUGUCACGAACUUCCUCUCGCUUUAUAACACGUCCAUGAAGAUCUUCUUCAUUACCUCGUCAUUGUACAUUGUUUACUUGAUGAAGGUCAAGUUCAAGGCAACAAAUGAUCCUCGUCUUGAUACUUUCCAAGUUCAGUAUAUCAUUGGAGGUGCCGCCCUUUUGGCUUUGAUUGCUAACUAUGCCUUUACUUUCCAGGAGGUCCUGUGGACAUUCUCUGUCUAUCUGGAAGCAGUUGCCAUUUUGCCUCAACUCUUCAUGCUUACGAAGACAGGAGAGGCCGAAGUGAUCACGACGCAUUACUUAUUUGCUCUUGGUGCUUAUCGUGCCUUGUACUUGGUCAAUUGGAUUUAUCGUUACUUCACUGAGGGUUAUGUUGACUGGAUCGUCUGGAUUGCAGGAACAAUCCAGACCGGACUUUACUGUGAUUUCUUCUUCAUCUACUUCACAAAAGUGUUGAAGGGCGCCAAGUUUGAGCUUCCCCAGUAAUGAGAUUUUUAUUAUUAUUUCUUGUUGGAAUGAACACGGAUAAUGAAUUAAAUAUGAUGGAAGCGUUAGUUUUAGGAUAUAUAGCUUGUUUAUGGUGUCCUUUUUGUUUAUGGUGGUAUUGGACAGACACAGUUUAGCACAGAUUGCAGAAACACAUAUUACAAAAAAAA